CAUUUGGUGACCGACCAGUGAACUUGAAUUUGCAAAACAUAUUUUUGCUAGUAAAUUGUCUAACAAACAGGUAAUAAAAUAAACCAGAUAAAGACAGAGAUGCAACAUGUUGAAUGUGUUGCUCAUCUCUGUAGUAGCUGUGUCAUUUGGAGUGGGUCACACUCUAACUUACUCUGAUGCGCUGUCUAGCUUGGGAAGCCUAACCUGGAACAUCAGGAAUGCAGAACUUCUCCAGAGUCAGUUGGAGCUUGUUGGCAACAAUUUCAUGCUGUCGUAUAAGGCUACCCUGCAGGAGGACUAUUUACAGCAGCUAGAGGGGUCUGGCUUACUGUCCUCUCUCUGUGCCAAUCACCUUAAUGCCACAGUAAAAGCUGCCACUGUGUACAGGGAGAAUUGGGCAAUCAGAAUGCAGAUACUAAAGUGCCCACAGGUAUUAUUAAUGGGAACCUUUUAUGGGUGGGCGACUACCAGGAGUGUGUGAAUGUGACAGCCACGGUCUACACUGGGCCCAAACGCACCCAACCCACCCACCCAUUCACUGGCCAGUACUGCACCACUGGUGUGCCUCUUGGACCACCCAAGAAGCACCAGCUGAGGUUGAAAACUCUGCAUUUCCCUUGAAUGACCUGAAAGUUGGACUGUGUGUACCGAGUACCUGCUCAGAAAAGGAUAUGUCUGCAUUGUUUAACAUGACAUUGGCCCUGAUCCCUGGCAACCAGACGCUAUAUUCUGACAUCACUGUAUGCCAGAAACAACGCCUCGAAUAUGACAACAAGGCCGUGGCAGCUAUUGGUUUCUGCAGUUUUCUGGCCUUCAUCAUGCUAGUAGGCACACUGUAUGACAUUAUUGCUAUCCAUCAGCUACAUAAGCCCCGAGAUGUGUAUGUGCAGGUGGCUCAGGAGGAGUCUGCUGCACUCCUGCAUGGCCCACAGCCUUGUAUGUGUGGUAAAGUCCUGCCUGCUUUCUCUGUGUAUACGAAUGGCUCUAAGAUCCUGAACACGUCUGAAAACAUAUUCCCCACCAUGCUGGAACACACGAGGCGUUUCAGUUUCCUGUGUGUCAUCAAUGCCACCAUAUCUGUGGAUACCUUCUUCAUUUUCAGCGGACUGUUGGUGUCGUACCUGUCCUUGAACGAGCUACAACGUGUUGGAGGGGUCAGCAAGUUCUGCUGGGGCAUUUACUACUUCCACAGGAUUUGGAGAUUGACUCCGACCUAUGGCUUGUUCAUUUUCCUGUAUGUGUCUCUGACCCGAUACUUGUACAAUGGUCCGUUCUGGGCCCAGGGAGGCACAGAGCACCAUGAGUGUCGUGACUCAUGGUGGAUGAACAUUCUCUAUAUCAACAAUCUCUUCCCAUCCAAGCAGACUGUGUAUUUCUUCCUGGGCCAUUUGGUUGUGUCAUACAGUGUGGCAUUCGUCCUCUCUCUCGCCAUAGAGGCCCCCUUUAUGGCCCUGGAAAAAGCCUUCAUGAAGCGAGAACGCAGGCAGGGUGAACAGGCUGGUGUAUUAAAUGGUGAACAAUCUGGUGUGCGUAGGGGUGAACAGGCUGGUGUAUUAAAUGGUGAACAAUCUGGUGUGUGUAGGGGUGAAGAGGCUGAUGUAUUAAAUGGUGAACAAUCUGGUGUGUGUAGGGGUGAAGAGGCUGAUGUAUUAAAUGGUGAACAAUCUGGUGUGUGUAUGGGUGAACAGGCUGAUGGGCAAACGAUGGACAUGCUCCAUAUAUUGACCACACUAUUCUUGUUUGGAUGUGGGAUAAUAUUACCGUGCCAGUGUGAUCAAGUCAGUUAUAACGAUGUCCUGCUCAAUGUUCAUAAGAUCAAGCAAAAGUUGACGAGUCUUGAUUCUGGCGAUGAGUACACCACCCCCAUGAUCCUAGGGGAGGGGUUUAUGAGAACCCUGAAGCUCUCUAUGGGAGCGGAGGCGCUCCUGCGGUUGGCAGCCACCCAGGCCGUGUCACCGGUUUGUAGACAACACCUGAACGAGACGCUGUUGGCGGCCACCAAAUACCAGGAAGACUGGGCCAUAAAAAUGUUUGACGCGGACACGAAGUUGCCCUCUGGCUUCCUGAUGGGAAAUCUGCUGUGGAUCGGCGACUACGAAGAGUGUGUGAACGUGACGGCUACUAUCUAUGUUGGCCAAAACCGUACACUCCCCACCCACCCGUUCACCGGACAGUUCUGCACUACCGCCAUACCUUUAGGACCCGAACCCGAAGCUGGUGUUGACGUCGGGGGGAACGGAAUGCCUGCCGCUGCUUUAAAAUUGGGUCUCUGUGUCCCCAGCACGUGCUCCGAAAUGGACAUCAACACACUCAUUAACUCAACUUUGGCAAUUAUCCCACAGGCAAUGAACACGACGCUACAGGCUACGGUAACUUCCUGCCAGAAUACAAAUCUGCCCUACGACGACAAGGCCCUCGCUGCAAUCGUAUUUUUUAGCAUUCUAGCAUUAAUCAUCGUGGUCGGCACAUUGUAUGACGUAGUGUAUAUCCGGCAGCUGUUCCGGUCACAUGAUGAGGAGGAGGCAGAAGUGGGUGAGUCAGCAGGACUUCUUGCGGACGCCAGCGCCCAGGAGAGCCGGGACAUCAAGUAUCGGACUUACGAGACAAACGGGGACGUCAGAAAAGAGCAGGCUCAUGAUAACACCGUUGUUGUUGGAACCUGUGGUAAAAUCCUGCAGGCGUUUUCCGUGUACACUAACGGCUCCAAGAUACUUGACACGUCGAGUAGGGCGGGGAAUCUGGGAUGUCUCAAUGGGAUCCGCUUCCUCAGCAUGUCAUGGGUCAUCCUCGGACACGCACUCACAUUCUGUCUCUACCAGUCACGUAACACGUUACCGUUUAUCACGAAGAUGUUGAACCGGUUCAGCUUCCUGGCCAUCAUGAACGCCACCGUCUCCGUGGAUACUUUCUUCAUGCUCAGCGGUUUACUGGUGUCGUAUUUGAGUAUGAAAGAGUUGAAAAAGGUUGGCGGCGUCAGAAACUUUCGCUGGGGCAUGUUCUACUUCCACAGAUUCUGGAGACUGACCCCGGCGUACGGGCUGUUCAUCUUCCUGUACGCAUCCCUGACCCGCUUUUUGUACACCGGACCCCUGUGGCCCCAGCAGGGCUUUGAACCCACCAACUGCACAUACUGGUGGGCAAACCUCCUCUACGUCAGCAACCUCAUCAAUUUCGACAAACAGUGUAUGGCGUGGAGUUGGUACCUGUCCAACGACAUGCAGUUCUACCUGAUAAGCCCGCUCAUCAUUAUACCGCUAUACUUUUCGGGCGUAUUGGGUGUGGCUGUGUGUCUAGUGUUCCUUGUCGCUACCAUGCUGGCUUCCGGUCUCAUCGCCUCCAUCAAUGAUCUUCCAAUGACCUUCGUGACCCCUGCUGGGAACACCAAAAUUGGUCAAUAUUUCGACGACUACUACGUAAAGCCAUACUGCAGGAUCGGGCCAUACGUCGUUGGGAUGCUCCUUGGGUAUAUAUUGUACAAGACAGACGGCAAGACACGGAUGAGUCGGGUGCGGGUGCUGCUGGGCUGGGCUUUGGCGGCGGUCUGCUGCAUGUCGGUACUAUACGGUAACUACGACUCAGUACGGGGUGUCCACAUCCCCUCGCGAUACGAGUCCGCCCUCUACACUGCCACCCACAGCACCGUCUGGGCGGUGGGUGUCUCCUGGGUUAUAUACGCCUGCUGCACCGGCUACGGAGGUUUUGUGAACACGUUGCUGUCGUGGAAGGCGUUCGUCCCCCUCAGUCGGCUCACAUACACCGCCUACCUGGUCCACCCCGCCCUGAUGAUGGUGUAUUAUGCAGGGAAACGAGAGGCCAUAUACCUCACCGACAUGGAAGAGACGUUUUUCUUCCUUGGUAGUUUGCUUGGGUCGUUUGCUCUGGCCUUUGUUCUGUCUCUGGCCAUCGAAGCUCCCUUUAUGGGGCUGGAGAAAGCGCUGUUCAAUCGAGAGAGGCGUCACUGACGCAACGGAGUCCAUCAGACUCCCGCACUGUGAUCUCCCUUAACGAGAGCAGAGAUGGCUGUAUUGCAAAGGGAAGUAACCGCUUCGAACAGAAGUGGACACUGACUAUAUGUCCCCUGUUCAAAAGCCAUUAUAGAGAAGGGAUUUCCAUAGAUAUGCUGAAAGAAUAAAGCAUUAACAAUGUUGUGUUUAUCUUUACAACUUGUGAUUCAUAGUUUUUUAUGUUUAUCUGAUAGACUUUACCAAUAAACAAGAAACCAUA